CUGGGCGGAACCGGAAGAUGGUCCGAACCUGGGGCUGCCUGGGUCUCCCGGCUAGGCGUCGGUCCCCGGGGGAUGUGGAGAGCUGGCAGCAUGUCGGCAGAGCUGGGAGUCGGGUGCGCACUGCGGGCGGUGAACGAGCGCGUGCAGCAGGCGGUGGCGCGGCGGCCGCGGGAUCUCCCAGCCAUCCAGCCUCGACUAGUGGCUGUCAGCAAGACCAAACCUGUAGACAUGGUGAUUGAGGCCUAUGGUCAUGGGCAGCGCACUUUUGGCGAGAACUAUGUUCAGGAACUGCUAGAAAAAGCAUCAAAUCCUAAAAUUCUGUCUAUGUGUCCUGAGAUCAAGUGGCACUUCAUUGGCCACCUACAGAAACAAAAUGUCAACAAAUUGAUGGCUGUCCCCAAUCUCUUCAUGCUGGAAACAGUGGAUUCUGUGAAGUUGGCAGACAAAGUGAACAGUUCCUGGCAGAAAAAAGGUUCUCCUGAAAGGUUAAAGGUUAUGGUCCAGAUUAACACCAGCGGAGAGGAGAGUAAACAUGGCCUCCCACCUUCAGAAACUGUAGCCAUCGUGGAGCACAUAAACACCAAAUGUCCUAGCCUGGAGUUUGUGGGACUGAUGACCAUAGGAAGCGUUGGACAUGAUCUUAGUCAAGGACCAAAUCCAGACUUCCAGCUGUUAUUUUCCCUCCGGGAGGAGCUGUGUAAAAAGCUGAACAUCCGUGCUGACCAGGUUGAGCUGAGCAUGGGCAUGUCCAUGGAUUUCCAGCACGCGAUUGAAGUAGGAUCUACGAAUGUCCGAAUAGGAAGCACCAUUUUUGGAGAACGGGAUUACUCAAAGAAAGCUACACCGGACAGGUGCGCAGCGGACGUGAAGGCCCCGGCGGAGGUGGCCCAGGAGCACUGAGCCAGGGAAUACCGAGAACACUAACUAUGCACUAACCUAGGUUUUCAGUUUGAUAUUCCCUGUGUCCCAGCGCAGUCCUGCUCUCCUGUGACCUGCGGAGAGCACUAAUGAUCACGUGUGUUCAUGGAAACCGUCUGUGCUUAGUCUCUGACAUAGGAAGCUCCCUUCAAGCAGCAGCUUUGAAUUGAGUUUGAGAAAUUCAAACAUUUCUGCAGAACAGAUAUCAAAUCAAUAGCCAGGAAUCACGUUCAAUAUUGAAUUCUGCCCAGGAGCAGGAACUGGUCCAUGAACGCCUUUUCCAGGUCAAACUUUGGUCACUGAUGCCUAUAAUCGUAGAAGUCAGAGGGAUUCCCCUCUUCCACCCCAUUUUAAUAGGAAAUUCCUUGUGGUUAACAACUCCCUACAAACUCCUACUACAUCGUCUAAAUUUCUGUUCUGCAACAGAGUGAUUUCUGCCCCCAGAUUAUUCCCUAGCCAGUAGAUAUGGGAAGAUGUUCUCGACUCUGGAAUAGCAGUAUAGGUAGCUUCAGGAAGUGGCUCGGGCUAAUUCUCCAAACACAAAUUGUUGCUGGCCAGUCAUGGUGACUCAUGCCUGUAAUCUCAGCAAUUUAAGAGGUGGAGGCAGAAGGAUCGCCUGAGCCUAGGAGUUCAAGACCAGCCUGGGCAACAUCAGGAGACCCCGUCUCUACAAAAAAAUUAAAAAUUAACGGGGCAUGGUGGCUGAGGUGGAAGAAUCACUUGAGCCCAGCAGCUUAAGGCUUCAGUGAGCUGUGAUUGUACCACUGUAUUCUAGCCU